AUGGAUGACCUAGUUCGGAAUGCAAUCAAACAGGCUGAAACCCUCAAAAGAAAACCAGACUCGACUCCGUGGAAAGCCGACCAGCCAUGGGCUCAGCCUUGCUAUUCUUGGCUUGACGAGCAGAAAGAAUGGCGGCCAGUCACAGCGUCUCAGAAGCCUUUUAUUGUCAUUUCCACAGUAGUCGUAUACAGCUGGAAUAUUGACUUCAUGUUGCCGUGCCCGGACACACGGGUGAAUGCCGCAUUGGCGUAUCUCCAGGGACUCGCGAAUCAGCUGCUGUCAGACCCAAAUGCAGCGGUGAUAAUCAACUUGCAGGAAUGCGUCUCGUCGGACCUUGUCACAAUCAGCCAGAAGCAAUGGGUCCGAGACAGCUUCUACAUGACCGACAUCGACGUGUCUACCUGGGCGUCGGGGGCCUAUGGCACACUCACACUAGUCGAUCGUCGAUUGGACAUAACGUCGUGUUUCCGGGUUCAUUAUUCCAAAACCCAUAUGGAGCGUGAAGCAUUGUUUGUAGACGUUCCCUACAGCCAUGGCAAGAAGCUUCGGUUGUGCAACACACACCUUGAGUCGCUUGCUCGUGAGCCACCGCUCCGGCCGGCCCAGAUGCAAGUCAUUGCGUCGUACAUGCACGCAGAAGAGGUAUCUGGUGCGAUAGUCACGGGUGAUUUUAAUGCUAUCCAGCCGUUCGAUAUGUCCCUACACUCGGACAACGACCUCAAAGAUGCGUACCUCGAGCUCGGGGGGCGCGAGGACACUGAUGAAGGGUAUACCUGGGGACAGCAAGCACUGCCGGAGUUACGAAAGCUCUAUGGAUGCUCGCGGAUGGACAAAGUGUACUACUGCGGUGGAGAUCUGAAGUUGCUUGGUUUCGAAAGAUUUGGCGCUGAUGUCGAGAUUUCUGAGGAGCAAAAGGACCAGAGGGAUCAAGUACUAUCACUUGGGUUCGAGAAAGCCUGGGUCACGGAUCACCUGGGCGUCAAAGCUGUGUUUGGCCUCACUGGAAACCUUCGUUUGUAG